UGAGUUCCCCCUACCUCAGUACGUUACAUUCAAUGAAAAGCCUUUACAGCGACCCGGCGUUUCACCCUGAAGCUCACGGCCUGUCGCUACCACCACCAUUUGGUCUCGGACACUCACCGUCACAUCAUAUUUCUCACCAUUCGUUGCCACCCAUUUUUAACCACCACAGGGAAUCUCUGGGAUUUUAUCCAUGGUUUUUGUCCAGGUCGAGAUUUCUCGGACCCCGUUUUCCUGGUGGCGAUCCCAUGCAUGGAGGUCUAAUGCUGCAAAACCCGUUCAGGAAACCCAAGAGGAUACGGACGGCAUUCUCCCCGUCCCAACUGCUUCGGUUGGAGCAUGCCUUUGAGAAGAACCACUAUGUCGUGGGUGCAGAGAGAAAACAACUUGCCUCCAGUCUAAAUCUGACAGAAACACAGGUGAAAGUGUGGUUCCAAAACAGAAGGACGAAGUAUAAGAGAGUUAAGGCGGAAGAAGAUAUAAAAGUUGACGACGAUGACGACGAGGACGAUGACCAGAAAUCGAAAUCAUCACAUCACGUUGAUAAGUGGCGAAAGGAGACGCAUCAGAUAGAUGAUGAUGACGAGGAAUUGUUAAUGUCGGAGCAAAUGUCGCCGUCGAUGGGCGUUAUUGUUGAGUCCGGGGACAGUUCUGACGAAGAUGACGCCCGUGAACACGCCAUCAUGAUGUCGGAACGGUCGUAGUUUUUUUUCGAACACUUAGAAGAAACUUAACGUUCAACUCAUGAAAAAAAAAAACAGAUACCAAAGUCACAAAUUCGUAUCGGUUCUGAAAAUGAGCCUUGUACAAAAAGAGACUGGCGUUCUGCUAUAAUCUGACAAUGUGUUACCGCCGCCGAACUCUUCAUUAACC